AUGUCAUAUGUGGAGCUUAAUCAAUCAAGGAGAGAAGAUGUAUGGUUCCUUGACUCAGGGUGGAACAAUCAUAUGUGUGCAAAUAAGGAGUGGUUCUCGGAUCUUGAUGAGGAAUUCCAGCAAUCUGUGAAGCUCGAGAAUAAUUCCAACAUGGCUGUGUUGGGAAAGGUUAACAUUAGGUUGCAAAUUGCUGGAGUUACUCUGGUAAUCACUGAUGUUUUCUAUAUACCUAAGUUGAAAAAUAACUUAUUAAGUGUUGGACAAUUGCAAGAAAGAGGUGUAGCUAUUUUGAUACAACAUGGAGUUUGUAAAGUCUAUCAUCCCAAGAACGACCUUAUUGUGAAAACAGCAAUGUUGCAAAUCGGAUGUUCAUAUUGUCUGCAAAAAUUCUGCCGAAAGCUCCCACUUGCUUCCAAACAAUUCUUGAAGAAAACACUCACCCUUGGCACUGCAGAUAUGGGCAUCUAA